AUGUUUGGCUCGGUGCCCCUGAAGACGUACCUGCCCGACGGCGACAUCGACUUGUCGAUCUUCUGCGGCCCAGACGCGGCAGCGGCCCUCAAGGAUACGUGGGCGAUCAAGCUGCAGGGCGUGCUGCAAGCAGAGCAGGCGGACGAGGCCGCGCCCUACGCCGUGCGGGACGUUACAGUCAUCAACGCCGAGGUGAAGCUGCUCAAGUGCCUGGUGGACGGCAUCGUGGUGGAUGUCUCAUUCAACCAGCUGGGCGGCCUGUUCACGCUCAAUUUUCUGGAGGAGGUGGACCUGGCGAUUGGGGGGGACCACAUCUUCAAGCGCGCCAUCAUAUUGGUCAAGGCGUGGUGCUACUACGAGAGCCGCCUGCUGGGCGCCCACCACGGCCUCAUAUCCACGUACGCGCUGGAGACCCUCGUGCUGUACGUCUUCAACAAGCACCACGCCGUCCGGCCCAUCACCAGCCCGCUGCAGCUGCUGCACGCGUUCCUGGUGGAGUUUGGGUCCUUCGAUUGGGACCGCUGCUGCCUCAGCCUCCAUGGGCCGAUGCCCCUGCGGUCGUUCCCCUCAAACCCCAAAGUGGAGGCGCCCCGCGAGCUGACGCUGCUGCAGGCGCAGCCGGCGCUCGCCCAGAUACUGCAAAAGUAUGCUGAGGGCAUGAUGCAGCAGAAGGGCGGGUCGGUCAGGAACUUCCCGCUGAAGUUCUUCAACAUAAUGGACCCCCUGCUGCCCAGCAACAACCUGGGGCGCAGCAUCACUCGCAGCAGCGCGGCGCGCAUCAGGCGCGCCUUCCGCCACAGCGCCGCGGCGCUCGAGUCGAUCGCCCGGCGCCACCGGCAGCAGCGGCUGGCGCGGGAGCGGCGGGCGCAGGCGGAGGAGGCGCGGCGGGGCGCGGGCGCAGGCGGGGUCGGCGACGGCGGCGGCGAGGGGCUGGGGCGCGUGGGCAGCGGCGACGCGGCUGCGGCGGAGGGCGACGCGGUGGCAGUUGUGGAGGAGGAGCAAGAGGAUGCUGACGUGGCGGACGAGGUGGACGCGUUUUUUCAGACCACCUGGGCCGCGCACGCGCGGCGGCGGAAGCAGCUGCGGCGGCGGCUGCGGGAGGAGGCAGGGCGGCGGGAGCAGGGGCGCGGCGGGCGGGAGGGGGACCAAGCCGCCGAGGAUGGCAGCAGGAAACGGCGCGCGUCGGACCAGCAGCAGGAGCAGCAGCAGCAGCAGGAGCAGGAGCAGCCGCCGCCGCAGGAGCAGCAUUCUCAGCAGCAGCGGCGGCAGCAGGAGCAACCGGAAGCCGGCAGCAGCGAGCUCACAUCCCCGGAGGCACCGCAGGAGCUGGAGCCGACGGCUUUCGCCGCGCCCGUGUUUGCGGGGGCCGCGUCGCCGCCGCCUCCCGGGCACGCGCAUGCACACGCGCACGCUCAUGCGCACGCGCAGGCGGCGCGCAUGAUCCAGCGCAGCAUGAGCGCCGACGCGGCGGCGUAUCAGCAGCUGUUCCAGCACCAGUCCGCGCUGCACGCUGCGCGCGCUGCGCUGGGGUUGGCCCCGGACGACGCCGGCGACCCGCGGCUGAAAGCAGUGAUGGGGCUGCUGCCGCAGGUGCUGCGGCUGCAGCGGGAGCAGGCGGCCGCUGCCGCGGCGGCGGCCGCGGCGCAGCGGCAGCGGCCGGCGGGGCUGCACGCGCUGUUGCAGCAGGCGGGAGGGGCGCAGCGCCUCGCAAGCUACUUGGGCCACCACGCGGCGCCACAGCAUGUGGGGCAGCAGGUUGGGCAGCAGCAGCAGCAGCAGCUCCGGCAGCAGCAACACCAGCAGCAGCCCUUGCCAGAGCGGCAGAGCGGCGACGGUGCUGCGUCGGCUAGCAACAGCGAUGCGCCGCACGCCGGUGCCAGCUGGGACGAGGGCGCAGGGGAGGAGCAGCUGGCAGUGACGACGGCGGGCAGCCUCGAUUCGCAGCAGCAGCAGCAGCAGCAGGAGUGGGACCAGCAGCAGCAGCGGGAGCGCGAGAGGCAGCUGCGCCGCCCGAACGUUGCACCAGAGGAGCAGCCCAGGAGCCAGCGGCCGCAGGACGUCGCUGGCUAUCCGUCUGUCGAUUUCGCAGCUGCCGUCGCCGCGGCUUUGGAGGCCGAGACGGCCAGCGGUGGCGGCAGCGGCAAAGGCAGCAGCGAGGGCGGGGCAAGCGCGUCGGCAGGCGUGCCUGAGCACAGCGUGUGGCCGGCAUCGCAGGCGCUGCAGGCCGCGCUGUUUCGAUCAAUGUCUCCGGCUGUCUCAGCGAUGGCGGCGGCUGCAACACGAGCGCAGCAGCAGCAGCAGCAGCAGCAGCAGCAGCAGCAGGUGGGUGGCGCUGCGGGCCGGCGAAGCUUCGAAGACGGCCGACCCAAGUCGCACACAUCUGCAACGGCGCGGCAGCAGGCGCACCUCCACUCGCUGCAGCUGCUGGCAGGCGGCAGCGUCCCCGACCUGCAGCACCUCCAACAGCAACACCUGCAGCUGCAGCAGCAGCAGCAGCAUCAGCACCAGCAGCAGAUCAUAUCCGCGGCGGCCGCGGCCGCCACCGCCUACCUCACGGCCGCCCAGCAGGCGUGGCCGCCGCAGCUGCAAGCGGCGCCAUGGGGCGCGCAGCACGCGCAGCGCGGGGCACGGGGCGCGGCCGCGGCGGAUGACCUGCUCUCUGGCAACCUGGACACACUGUCAAGGCAGCUGCACACGGCGAGGUCCCACAUGCUGCAGAACGCGCGCGGCGCUGGCGCUGGCGCGGGCGCGGGCGCGGCCCCGGCGCCGCGCGGCCCGCGGCCGCAGCAGCUGGCGCUCGCAGGCGAGCCCGGCGGGUACCGGGGCGUGGCGGGCGCGUCGCCGCCCCUGAGCCCGGCGGCGCUGAUGGCCGUGCUGCAGGGGGGGCAGGCCCCCCACGCGGUUCUGCACUCGACGCUGCACGCGGUGGCGGCCAUGCAGGCUGGGGCGCCCCUUAUGGGGAUCCAGGCGGCCGCGGGCCCGCACACGGCGCCAUACUCAGCGGCCGCGACAGCCGCCGCAGCUGCCGCGGCCGCCGCCGUCGCGGCGGCCGCGGCGGCGGCGGCAGAAGGCGAGGCCCCGCAGGCGGCGCAGCGGGAUGGAGGCAGCAGCCAUGGUCUCCCCGAGGCAGCGGCCCCGCCGCUGCCGGCCGCCGCGCCCACCCCGGCGGCGGCGGGCGCAGCCACAGUCGAGCAGGCGACGGCUGUGCCGCGCGUGGGCGCGUACACGCCCCCGCACAUGCGCGGCAGGCAUCAGCCUGGGGACUGA